GCGACGUCAACUCGGUCGACGCUGUCGCGAACAUGACCGGCACAUGGAAGUCUUGCACAACGGAGGAGAGCGAUGCAGGGCUCGCGCGGCGGGUCAUCCAACGGGCGUUUGAAUCCUAUGCAUAGACGCCCCAACCUUCAGAGAAAUGUGUGAUGCGAAACGGUGGACGGCACGCCCCACACCAUGCCUCAAAAGUAACGGCUGGUCUAACGAGAAGAAACGUGGGUGGGUGUUUAUGGAGGAAGCAGCAGCGCACCCGCUUCCGCCCCCCGCGACGCCGUCGCCACCGGCGUCUCCCACACGAAAGCUCAGUUUGACGGACAGGCCGAAGCUGGCCCGGACCCCAUCGAACACGGUUCAAGUCGUCGAAACCGACGUCGCUGCAGUGAAAGUCGACGACACCGGAGCUCCACACCGCGUGAAUGAUUACCUUGUUGUGAAGUUGUUGGGCGAAGGUGCGUUUGCCAAGGUGUACCUGGUUGAGCGCACCAAAGACGACAGUACCAAGCAAUACGCCAUGAAAGUGUUCAACAAGUCGUUUUUGAAGCGGAAGCGAGAAUUCAAAAAGGUUGACGGGAAAAUGGUCCAAACGUCUGCGUUCCAGAAAGUGCAAAAGGAGGUGGCCAUCAUGAAAAAGCUGUGCCACCCACACUUGACCAAGCUUUAUGAGGUCAUUGACUCUCCCGACGACGACAAAAUGUUCUUGAUCCUGGAGCUGCUCUCCGGCGGCCAAAUCAUGGAGUACAACGCCACGUCGCUGCGGUACACUUACCCGGAGGAAGGAAUGGCUUCGUCGGCGCGCCUUCUGAUGGUCCAAAACUGCACCCUCGACAUUGCGCUUGCUCUCGAGUACCUGCAUGCCAAUCACAUUUGCCAUCGCGACAUCAAGCCCGAGAACGUCCUCGUGACAGACACGGGGUUUUACAAGCUCGGGGACUUUGGAGUCGCGUACAUGUUUACCGAAGACGACGCCAGCAACGCCCUCCAGCUCAAAUCGACGGAAGGCACGUAUCACUUCCUCGCCCCCGAGUGUACGACAGGCGAGCCGUACGACCCGUUCAAAGUCGAUAUUUGGGCGCUGGGGGUCACCUUAUACGCCAUGCUGUUUGGCACGGUGCCGUUUGGCGCGCAUGCGGACUCAGUGCCAGGAAUCCUCGCCUCCAUUCGCGACGACCCGCUCGUGAUUCCCGACGAAAGCAUCCCGUCGGACCUGCAAGCGCUCGUGCUGGCCAUGUUGGAUAAGAGUCCAUGGACCCGCAUCUCGAUUGGCGACAUUUUGCACCACCCAUGGCUCGUCGAGCACUCGUUGCUCAAGCGCCCGUCGCUGACGCAACUGGUCGAAGUCACGGUCGAGGACAUCGACCUCGCAUUCACGCCCAUCAACAAUUUCAUCUUGAUGACGAAGCUCAAGAUGAAGAUGCAUGGCCGCCUCUCGCAUGCGCGCAUCGCGUUGUCCAAGAAAUUGUCGACGGGAGGUCCGAAUUCACCGCCGCCGUCACCGCCCAGAUCGCCGUCGCGUUCGGGCUUCGACGAUCUGUGCCUCGUCAAAAGUCAAGAGGACGAUGUGCACGCUGUACAAGAGCCAGAGCCCACCGAACACUCGGGGGAAUCCGCCAGUGAAGCGUGCGCCCUCAUGUAGAAAAGCAAGACGUCCACCGUACCUCACGUGGCAUCCCCAACGCGUCGGCCAUACUCUAACACUACUCACUUGCCGUUGGGCAGAUUCUUCAUCACCCCACGAACGGUUCCAUCCCAGACUUGCGUGCCAAGGAUUGCUGCUUACCCUUAUGACAUGAAAGCGUCGAUGCGUCCUGUCG